AUCUCAGGUUCCUAACCCCCAGAGAGGGGAUCCGAUUCAGUCUCAGCCGCCCCCUCCAAGCCUCAUGUGACCGUUGGAGCCCUUCCCAAGGCUUCCUUCAUGCCAGAGAAGACAGCAGUGGAUCAGCCUUGGGCGCAAGCCCUGAGGGAGCUGAAGGAACAACUUCAGGCCCUUCAAGACAGCGAGCGGGAGCACACUGAGGCGCUGCAGCUGCUCAAGCGACAACUGGCAGAGACCAAGUCUUCCACCAAGAGCCUGCGGACCACUAUCGGUGAGGCCUUUGAGCGGCUGCACCGGCUGCUGCGCGAGCGCCAGAAGGCCAUGCUGGAGGAGCUGGAGGCAGACACGGCCCGCACACUGACUGACAUCGAGCAGAAAGUCCAGCGCUACAGCCAGCAGCUGCGCAAGGUGCAGGAGGGAGCCCAGAUCCUGCAGGAGCGGCUGGCCGAAACCGACCGGCACACCUUCCUGGCCGGGGUGGCCUCACUGUCCGAGCGGCUCAAGGGAAAAAUCCAUGAGACCAACCUCACGUAUGAAGACUUCCCGACUUCCAAGUACACAGGCCCCCUGCAGUACACCAUCUGGAAGUCCUUGUUCCAGGACAUCCACCCAGUGCCAGCCGCCCUAACCCUGGACCCAGGCACAGCCCACCAGCGCCUGAUCCUGUCGGACGACUGCACCAUUGUGGCUUACGGCAACCUGCACCCACAGCCGCUGCAGGACUCACCAAAGCGCUUCGAUGUGGAGGUGUCGGUGCUGGGUUCUGAAGCCUUCAGUAGUGGCGUCCACUACUGGGAGGUGGUGGUGGCAGAGAAGACCCAGUGGGUGAUCGGGCUGGCGCACGAAGCUGCAAGCCGCAAGGGCAGCAUCCAGAUCCAGCCCAGCCGAGGCUUCUACUGCAUCGUGAUGCACGAUGGCAACCAGUACAGCGCCUGCACGGAGCCCUGGACGCGGCUCAACGUCCGGGACAAGCUUGACAAGGUGGGCGUCUUCCUGGACUACGAUCAAGGCUUGCUCAUCUUCUACAAUGCUGAUGACAUGUCCUGGCUCUACACCUUCCGCGAGAAGUUCCCUGGCAAGCUCUGCUCUUACUUCAGCCCUGGCCAGAGCCACGCCAAUGGCAAGAACGUUCAGCCGCUGCGGAUCAACACCGUCCGCAUCUAGUCCAGGCCGAAGCAGACCACAGCCUCCUAGGGCCACUGCCACCUGCAAGAGCCCUGCCCAGGAGAUAGAAGACCUGGACUACGGCCCACAGUGGCCACUGGAGACCUCAGGCCAGUUGUUUACCCUCCAGUCUCCAUGUCCCUGUCUGUAAAAUGGAGGUUGCAUUCCCUACUUCCUAAACUCUCUUCCAGCAUCGAUGUUCUGUAGCUCUGACCUUGAUGGGGAUACAGCUUUGAUCCAAGGAUGUGACAUGGCUUCUCCUCAGGGCAACCCCUGCCCAACCCUCAGCCCCAUCCUCUCAGGGGCAGGGGACUACCUUCCAGUGUCUCCCUCCUGCCCAGCCCUGGCCUCAGGAAGUGUCAGAGCAUGGCCAGUAGUUGGCAGCCCGAAAGACACACAGCACCCUCUUAUGUCCCAUGGCCUAAGACUUGCCCCUGACCAAGCUAGUGAUGGGCCAUUUACCCUUGACCCCAGUCCACAGUGGACACAGGUAGUGUCCUAGGGUUGCCUGAGAACCAACCUCUCCUGCCACCCCCACACCAAGAACUAUAUGGUUCCUACUUUUCCCACCGAUCUGCUGGUCAAUGAUGAUGCUGUGGGCUGUGGAAGGCACCUGGUAGUUAAGUCCACACAUUACAGUCAUGUGCCACCACCUUCCUGCGCACAGGCCCAAGGUCAGGGUGAGAGUAUACCCAAAGCUGAUGCAGAGCCCAUUAGCCUAAAAGCAACUGCAGGACAAGCCUCCCUGGAUGAUCGAGGUCCCCAGCAGCUCUGAACAAGAGUCCAGCCAACCCUCUUCAGCCAAGCCUCUGUGACCUGCUAGGGUGCAGGAGGCUUCAGAAGCUGUUGUUGUAAUUAGGACCCAAGCACUGGGAGGGGCUGUUGGCUGGGACCUCUCGUCAGACUUGGCAUCUAUCUCAGUUAGGAUCCUGCUGCAGAAAACAAGAGCCACUUGUAGCUGGUUUAAUUAGACAAGGAUUUAUUACCUGGCCCCUGGUGGCUUGCAACAUUGUUGGAAGAGCUGGAGAAGCAGACUCUGCUGAAUUUCCAGGAACGACUCCCAGCGCCAGAUUCAUCAUGUCUGUUGUGACCAGGAAAGCUGACCCCAUCCGCAGGAAGCCACCGCGCCAAAAGCUGCUGACUGCAGAACUAGGCUCCCUCUGCCACGGUCCAUGCCAGCCAAUGGAUGUCCUGAGGCCUGCCCCUCUCCCACUUCACUCAGUUCCCAAAUCUAAAUUUUUACAAGAGAUUCUGUUUGGGGGAACUUAAGUCAGAUCUAGAACCUUGGCUGCAAGGGAGUCUGGGAAAUGUCGUU